ACAGUCCCUCUGUGCGUCAGAGCGCAGGCAGAGGAGGGUGCGGAGGACCCUGACGCACAGCGGGACACACUGUACACACUGUGAAGUAAAACUUCUGCUGUCCACACAAGUUGUCGUGAUUAUUCCGAAAACAACGGGCAUAAAAAGUAGAACUCUGCUGGAUUAUUGAUCGGAAAACUUUGGCCUUGACCACAUCUCAACUCCAGGUAGCGACCAGGACAAUCAAGCUUGGACUCAGACCUACGCUGCCAGGGCCAGAGCCAGGCCCUGUGUGUGGAUGUGUGUUAGUGUGUGAAAAUGUGUGUGUGUGUUCCUUUAAGUUUGUAUUUGUAGUCUGGGUGCCUUUGCGUGAGAGUACUUCUUCUGAGUAAAAGGAUGAGGGCCAUCGCUCUGUUGUGUCUCCUACUGCUUGUGGAGGUCAGAGCCUUUCGGUUCGCCCGCGACUCCCAGAGUAGCCCCGAACUUUCAGAACUCUCCAAGAGCAACGCCUCUGCCCCCCUCUCACCCCUCGCACCCUUGCCACCCGCACGGCCGAGGGGGCCCUCCCCCCCCAUGUGCAUAAAUCCCACGGAGAUAAAGCACGCUUUCAAGUAUGUGAACACCAUCGUGUCCUGUCUGAUCUUUGUGGUGGGGAUCAUCGGCAACUCCUCGCUGCUCAGGAUCAUAUAUAAGAACAAGUGCAUGAGGAACGGACCAAACGUGCUGAUUGGCAGCUUAGCUCUGGGGGACCUGCUUUACAUCAUCAUCGCCAUCCCCAUCAACGUGUUUAAGCUUAUAGCCGAGGACUGGCCGUUCGGCGUGUACAUCUGCAAGUUGUUUCCAUUCAUCCAGAAAGCCUCCGUGGGAAUCACCGUCCUCAGCCUGUGUGCUCUCAGUAUUGACCGCUAUCACGCAGUGACAUCAUGGAGCAGGGUGAAGGGCAUGGGGAUCCCUCUAUGGAAAGCAGUGGAGGUGACACUGAUCUGGAUGGUUGCUGUGGUGCUGGCAGUCCCUGAGGCGCUGGCAUUUGACAUGUUGGAGAUACCGUACAGAGGCAACAAGCUGCGUGUGUGUAUGCUGCCUCCACCACAGGGCAUGGGCUUUAUGAAGUUCUACCACAACGUGAAAGACUGGUGGCUGUUUGGCUUCUAUUUCUGCCUGCCUCUAGCCUGCACAGGAGUCUUCUACACGCUCAUGUCCUGUGAGAUGCUCAGUCGCAAAAAAGGCAUGCGCAUCGCACUCAACGACCACAUGAAACAGCGGAGGGAAGUAGCAAAGACAGUGUUCUGCCUGGUGUUGAUAUUUGCUCUCUGCUGGCUGCCCCUUCAUCUCAGCCGUAUUCUGAAGAAAACAAUCUACAACGAGUACGACCCCAACCGCUGUGAGCUGCUCAGCUUCCUGUUAGUGAUGGAUUACAUCGGCAUCAACAUGGCCUCACUUAACUCCUGCAUCAACCCCAUUGCCCUCUACUUUGUCAGCCAGAAGUUUAAAAACUGCUUCCAGUCUUGCCUGUGCUGCUGGUGCUAUAGGACAUCUCCGCUGGAUGGACCAGGUUCAGGAGGACGCUGGAAGGGCUCUUGUCAUGGCAACGGACUAGACCGCUCCAGCUCCCGCUCCAGUCAGAAAUACACAAGCUCUUCUUAAAUACACGGACUCACACACAUCACACUCCUCUUCUGUUAAAAAACACAACAGUUUCCGACAUGGAGAAACAGCUGUGUCACUGCCAAAUAGAUCCUGAUGAAGAGGGGAAGAUGGAGAAGUCUCUUGUGAAGGAUGAAGAGCAGACCGUAAUAAAAAAAAGCAACAGAUCAAUCCAAACAGAUAAACGAAACAACAGGACUGUCACUGUUCAGGCUGGAUCACUAACUGAAAACAACACAAUGAGACCAAAGCGACAUAAAUGUGUUCAUAAAGCUAACAGAGAGAAGUGAACGUCUGUCAUGGUUAAUGCAUAUAUGAGGAAUGUUAAUCAGAGCCACAUGCAAAGUAAAGUGCAGGAUUAUUCAUAUGUAGAACUAUGAUAAUAUAUCUUAUCUGAGUGCUUCAUGUAUGGAUGACAGGACGGAUGCAGGAAACAUAUGUUCAAACACAUCAAUAGCUGAUUAAUUAGCUGCAUGAUGUCAUCAAGCCCCCUCCCAUGCCCUGGUGACAUCAUACCAGAGUAAAAUGGGCCCCACUGUGUCUAACAGCCAUGAGGAGAGGCAAACAUCGAACAUCUGUUGCCAGGAAAUGGUUGCUGCUUCAAGUGGUCACAUGGAGGGCAGCUGUUGUCCAAGAGAGUUGGAGGACACCAGAUGAUUCCCAUCAUACUACAGAAAAGGUCAUUAUUAGAAAUUGCACUAUUGCAGUGUUCAGGCUGUUGGUCUCUGUUUCCACUUAGGUGAAAGUCUCAACCUUUAUGUGACAAUGUAGCUUCUAUUUUUCUAAGAAAACACCGCAAAACACUCAAAGUCUGUUUGCUCUUCCAACAUGAGGUAUCUAUUUAUGAUUUCCAAACAUUUCACCUCUGUCCCUCUGUGGUCCUGUCUCUGUGGCAGGAAAUUACUUUAAAAAUGUCUCCUAAGAGCUGCUUAAGGAAUAUAUUUUCUAAACCUGAUUCAUUUCAAAGCUUUAAGAAAGGAAGGAAAGAGAAAUCCUGUACAGAUGGUUGUUUUUAAGAGUUGAAUGUUUUUACUGGAGAUUUGAAGAAAAUCAUUUUUCUACAUAAUAGAAAUUAUUUAGAUAUAUUUUUUUUGUUUUUCUUGAAAUAUAGUAAAUGAUUUCCUGCUGAUAAUAUGUGUUUGAACAGCAGUUGUGAACAAGUAAUGAUCUCAUACUGAAAAAUGAAAUAUGUGAAGUGAAGGAAAAGAAAUGUGUUCCUGGUAUUUUUGAUAGCUAGGAUUUGGAGGUCUGUAGCUGGAGUUAGCUGCAAGUCAAGUGCUCAUUAGUCAUGUACUUGUGACAAAUCUUGUGAUGCCAAUACAAGGAAACAGCUUUUACUGUCUCUGGCUCUGUACAGAGUCUAGAUAAUGUGUUAUUUGUUGUAUCUUUUUGGACGAUUUGCAUGUUCAGAUUUAUUGGCUGUGAGAUGAAGAAGCAAAGUUCACAUGUUCUGAGUUUUCUGUAAAACUGGGUGAAUGUGAAGGUCCUUUUUUUAAAUCUGAACCUGUGUUAAUGAACCUGACAAGGUGUUUGUUUACACUGAAGCAUUCUGAGAUAGUCUUGAUACAUGUCUUAUAGUAUACACAUGACAAGGGUUCAUUGAAACACAUUAUGUUGAUCAUGCAGCAUGCAGUCUGAGAACUCAUGAUCACAAUGAGGCCUCUUGGGGGAAAAGGCCAAUUUUACAUGGCUACCACUUUACUCAGCAGAUAUCCAAUUUACAGUCAGGUGAGUGACUCCGGACAUGAAAUCGGGUUCUUGGAUUGCUUUACAUUCAGCCUCUUCAUCUGUCCACUCUUUUCCCCCCAUGCAUACACAGUCUGCUAAAACAUGACAAGUCACUGCCACACACAGACCUUACAAGGAAAUCAGAACAGUCAUGAUAACAAAUGAUGCUUACCUACAUGCUACAUUCAUAUGCAGACAUCUUCUUAUAGAGACAGUCCAUUUAUCACUGUGUGCCAUUGUCAACCUGCCUUCAAAUACAUCCUCAUGCAUCUAUGUACUGAGCAGCUUUGUGCCCGUCUGAAGGGACAGGUCACUAAGGUUGGAAAUAAAUUGUAAUGUGAAUGUUGACGCAGAUUUUUUAAAUUACAUUUAUACUGCAGUAUUUGAGAGUAUGGAUUAAUAAAUAUUAUUUUAUAGCAUUUGUUUGAGAUAUUUGCAUAUAGUCCAUGUAUUUAGGGUCAUUUCUGGCAAAUAACAAUGUAUUCUCAUAGUUGCUGACCAAAUAUUUACUUUUGUACAAUAAAUCUGUAUAUAUUA